UUGAAGUCAUGUCUCUGGAGACCUUUUGUGCCUUCCAAGGAUGCUCCCUUCCCAGUCCAAUGUCAACAUGUCCUUCUUCCAGCCACCUGCUUUCCUGAUGACGGGCAUCCCAGGGCUGGAGGCCCUUCAUGGCUGGAUCUCCAUUCCUUUCUCCUGCAUGUACACUGCAGCCCUCACUGGAAAUUGCCUCAUCCUCCUGGCUGUGAGGAGGACUCCCAGCCUGCACCAGCCCAUGUACUACUUCCUGUCCAUGUUGGCCCUCACUGAUGUGGGCCUCACCUUGUCCACACUGCCCACCACCCUGGCUGUGCUCUGGUUUGACCAUAGUCUCAUUGCUUUCAAUGCCUGCCUGGUCCAAAUGUUCUUCCUCCACUCCUUCUCUGUGGUGGAGUCCUCGGUGCUCCUGGCCAUGUCAUUUGACCGCUUUGUGGCCAUCUCCAAGCCCCUGCGCUAUGCAGCUGUCCUCACCAAUACUGUCAUCACCAGGAUUGGACUGACCAUUGUGGCUAGAGCCACUGUGUCCCUCUUCCCAGUACCCUUCUUACUGAAGAGACUCAACUUUUGCCCUGGCAAGAUCCUUCUAUCCCAUUCAUUCUGCUUCCAUGCAGAUGUCAUGAAAAAGGCCUGUGCAGACAUUACCAUCAAUAUUCUUUAUGGACUAUAUGUAGUUCUGUCCACGGUGGGUGUAGACUCCUUGCUUAUUGUCCUAUCUUAUACCCUUAUUCUUCAUACAGUCAUGGGCCUGGCCUCUCCCAGAGAGCGCAUCCGGGCCCUCAACACUUGCAUUUCUCAUAUCUUAGCUGUUCUGGUUUUCUACAUCCCAGUCAUAGGUGUGUCCAUGAUUCACCGUUUUGGAAGGCACCUGCCUCACAUUGUACAUGCUCUUAUUGCCUAUGUGUACCUGGUGGUGCCCCCUGUGCUCAACCCCGUCAUCUACAGUGUGAAAUCCAAGCCCAUCAGAGAAGCUAUGUUCAGAGUGCUGAGGGGGAAGGGCCAAGGCUGAUAAAAUCAAGAAACAACCUUAAGGUCUGAGGGAAAACAUGGCCGAACAGUCAUAUCUUUGUCCAGAAAGCCCUUAUUUUGAGCCUUGACCCAGACACGUAAUCAAGAGUAUGACAAGCAAAUGGAAACCCCCAGACUGAUGGGUCAAGAACAGUCUUGAUUCUUUGCUGCACUCAUUAAUCUCAGCUAUUGCAUCCAGUGUGUACUUGUGUAAGAAUCUGUGCUCAAUACUAGAUAUUAACAUGAACCAUGCAGGAUCUUUUCCCUACUUUGGAGGACACAGGCUUAUAAAUACACCAUUAUAACCAAGUGUGCUGAGGCUGUUCUGGGUACACACUAAGUGCUUAGCAAUCUAGAAGAGGGUUUCUUGCCUUGUUGAGAGGAAACUGGAAAGGACUUGGGUAAGAAGGAGGAUGAAAGGUGAAGGGGAGUCAGGCAGGCAGAAAAGGUGGGCAAGGGGAAGGCACGCCUAAUGAAGGAAAACAACGUAAGAAUACUAAGGUAUGUAAUUAUUUGAUCUUUUUCCAGAAAGGCCAGUCAGUAGUCAUAUGUGACUCAGAGUUUGUGUAGGUCUUAGAGGAAGAAGGACAGGAGAUGAACUACAGACAAUGAGCAAUGGUGAGACUUCUUGGGGUGUUUCAGAUCUGGUUGAAACAUUUGGCCUUUGCUUUUUGUCUAAAAGUCGGCCAUGGAAAGGCUAUCAUCGCAUUGUAAAAUUUGCACUGGCUUACCUGUGUAUAUCAGAUUGAAAAGGUAAGAGUGGAGGAGAAAAAGAAUGCAUGUAGGAGGUUGUUGGAAGAGUCUAGAAAAAGGAAAAUGGAAGCUGAAAUUAAAUUGGUGUCACCAGUAGUGGGAAAAAUGUAGACAUAUUUUUUAAAACUUGUAUCUCUAUGGUUGUUCCUUGGGCCUCUGGAAGUCCUUAGAAGCAAUGACACCAGUAGCGGGAAGCAGAGCUAGCAUCCCCCUACUAUUUCUAAAUGCCAUUUCCCACUACAGAAACCUGGAAUCCUUGGAGCAAUUAAUAAUUCCAGGUAUGAAACACUGAGAACAAAAGGCGAUACAUGCCUGAAUGCAAUAAAGAACACAAAAACAAUAGCAUAAUGUAAAAAAUAUGAACAACUACCGAAACCCUAUUGGAGGAGCUACCAGUGGCCAAAGGUAGGCCAACAGGAACAUGGAAAAUAAACAAAUGAGGAGGAAAGAAAAGGAAGAAGGAAACUCUUCCUUAUAAAACAAUGGCAUGUAAUAAGUGCAAAGGUAUCAACGGAUUUAGAAAAUUACCUUUCUGCAGUUUUUCAUGUAAUUUAAAGUAAUUAAAACAUACUUAAAGGAUAUUGAAAACCAGAAUAUUUACACAGUCUCAAAGUACCACUGCAAAGUUUAGUUACUAAAUACAAAAGAAUAAAUGUACCUUUACAAUAAAGAGAUUGACAAUUACUACCUUAAGCAAAUGAUAAAACUUAACCCAUAUUGGGAUAAUUUGGCUUUACCCUACUCUUAUGAACAUUAAGGACAUCGCAUGUGCAAAAUCCCUACCAAAGAUAUUCAACCUGAACCUGACCAUGAGGAAAUCAUCAGAAAAAUCUUGCACAUGGGAAGCAACACACACACACACACACACACACCCCUAGCCUGGAAUUUAUUUAAAAUGCAAGGUUAUAAAAACCAUGUCAGGGGAAUUAAUCUAAAUUAAAAGAGAUUAAAGGGGCUGAACCACAACCAAAUGCUAGCAUUAACAAUUCAUUACUAGAACAGUUGUGAACUUUACAUAUAUGUUAUAUAUUUAUGAUAUUAUUAGGUUAGUAUAAUUUGUUUAGUUUU